AUGGCCGAGAUGCAAAAGCAACUACAGUCUUUGACUGAAGAUUACCAGAAGCUCCAGCUUGAGCUUCAAUCCACCGUUGAGGCACGUCAGAAGCUUGAAUCGCAGCUCCAGGAGAACAAAGGCGUCCAGACGGAAUUCUCAAACCUCAGUGACGAUGCGAACAUCUACAAAUUGGUCGGCCCGGUGCUCCUCAAGCAGGACAAAACUGAAGCAGUAUCGGCUGUAGAAGGCCGUUUAUCUUUCAUCGAGAAAGAAAUUGCACGCAUCGAGAAGAAUCUGAAUGAGGCCCAGGGCAAGAUUGAAGAGAAGAAGAUUGCGAUCAUUCGAAUUCAGACACUAUACCAGCAGCAGGCACAACAAGCUCAGGCAGCAUCAUCAUAG